AUGGUCCUUCCAACUACAUACCGUCAGAACCUCGAAGCGGCUCUAGACCCCCACCGUCAGAAAGGGCAAAUCUUCAAGCUGACAGCUCCAGCGGACGAGGUUGGUUGCAUUGACUUCGGCUCGAAUAACACCCUCUCUCUCGGCGGGAGUUCCGCAACCAGGGAAGAGUUCCUCAGGGAGUUGGCAAGAAAUCCCAACUUUGCCAUCGGAACGGGUGGCAGCCGUCUUCUCGGCGGAACCACACAGUAUAUCGAUGAACUUGAACGGGAUCUGGCCCAUUACUAUAAUGCAGAGGAUGGCUUGAUCUUUCCCUCGGGUUAUGAGGGCAACGUUGCGAUCCAUGCCACUCUUCCGCAGACCGGAGAUGCCAUUAUCCACGAUGCAAAGAUCCACGCCAGCACACGGGAUGGCAUGCGGUCCUCGAAAGCACACAUGAUCAGACCGUUCGCGCACAAUGACCCGCAAUCCUUGUAUGAUGUUCUUGAAGAAGUCAAACUUCUGGAGCCAGCAAUUGCGGAUGGGCUCAACACUGUCUUCGUUACGAUUGAAUCGAUCUACAGCAUGGACGGGGACGUGGCGCCUGUGGCUGAGAUUGUCAAGGAAGCGAAGCGGGCCUUGCCGAAAGGUAACCUUAUCAUGAUUCUGGACGAGGCUCACUCCCAUGGUAUCAUUGGGCCCAAUGGGUCCGGACUGGCGUGCCACCUGGGCCUAGAGAAGGAGUUUGCGGUCAGGUUGCAUACCUAUGGCAAGGCUGUAGGAGCGGGUGGUGCUAUUGUCCUCUGCGAUCGCCUUAUCAAGAAUUAUCUGGUCAGCUAUGCGCGCAAUUUCAUGUUCACCACGGCUCCGGCCUUCACUUUCUUUGCCACCAUCAAGGCUGCAGCUACUGUCAUGAGCGGCGAAGAGGGUAACUGGCGUCGAAAGCAACUCCAAUCUCGAGUUUACCACUUUUACGAUCUUCUUUUCCACCAUCCCCAGUGGGAACAUGUCCGAAGAUCCGGCGUACUGAGCAUCCCCACCACUGAGCAAGUUGCCAAAGGCGCUUCGUUCCUCGUUCCUAUCAUCCCCGUCAUCACACGGCCCGGCCACAGCCAUAAACUUGAGAAAUGGCUGCGAGAUCGUGGACUCCACACCCAUGGCGUGCGAUAUCCAGUUGUUCCUAUGGCAAAGGAGCGGGUUCGUGUCAUGAUGCAUGUUGACAAUACCGAGGAACAGAUCGAAGCAUUGGUGAAGUCGAUCAUGGAAUGGGCGGAACAGUAUGCUCCGCCCCUCUCUCCAGCUACAAUCAAGCUACACCUAUGA